AUGGAUGAGAGAAGUGAUAUGAAUAUUAUUGGAGGAGAUAAAAUGGAUGAAGUGAUGCUUCCGGGGUUUCGUUUUCAUCCAACUGAUGAGGAGCUUGUUGGGUUUUAUCUCAAGAGGAAGAUUCAGCAGCGCCCUCUCUCUAUUGAGCUCAUCAAGCAACUAGACAUCUAUAAAUUUGAUCCCUGGGAUCUUCCAAAGUUGGCAGCUUCCGGGGAGAAGGAGUGGUAUUUCUACUGCCCAAGGGACAGAAAAUACAGAAACAGCACAAGGCCGAACCGGGUAACUGGAGCCGGGUUCUGGAAAGCCACGGGAACCGACCGACCCAUCUACUCAUCCGAAGGUGCAUGUAGCUCCAAGUGCAUUGGGUUGAAGAAAUCACUUGUUUUCUACAAAGGCAGAGCUGCCAAAGGGGUCAAAACCGACUGGAUGAUGCAUGAGUUUCGCUUACCGUCUCUCACCGACUCACUCUCACCAAAGAGAUCAUCAUCAUUCAUGGACAAAACCAUUCCUGCAAAUGACUCAUGGGCAAUCUGCAGGAUAUUCAAGAAAACAAAUUCAAGUCAUGCUCAUCAAAGAGCCCUUUCUCAUCACUCUUGGGUGUCUGUCUUGCCUGAAACAAACACAUAUGAUGAUCAUAUGCUAGGCUCCAAAGCUGCACACAGUGCUGCUCAUCAUCAUCACCAACAUGAGUUUAGUUCAGAGAGAAUGCCAGUGACAUCAAAAACCAAUUCAACCACCAACUUCUGUGCUAACAACAACAACGACAUACAAAUCUCAUCCACCACAAGUUCUAUGUCCCCUUUAGAUAUUUACACUAGCUCCUACAAACCCAUGAACCCAUUGAUGAUGGGUUGCAACAUCAAACUACCCUAUCAGUACUUUCCCAUUUCCAAUUCUAAUGGAGACUACUUUUCUAGCACCCCUAGCUUCACAUUUUCAUCCUCACCUCUUGAAACUCCAUCAGGACCGGUGGCUAAAUGCGCCGUGGAUGUGUCGUCUUUGUUGUUGAAUAUGUCGUCUUCGAUGCUUGGAGAUUAUAAUAGUAGCAACAGCAUCAACAAGGCUUCUGCAGAGAGCACUAAUUUUGAAUUUAGUACCACCACUGGAUCACAGGAUCAAUGUAAUGGCGGCUUCUCAUCCAUGCCAUUGCCACUUCAUCAUGAGGUCAUGCAAGGUAAUAAUAACAUGGGCAAUGGUCAUGACACUGUUGUUGGGUUGAUCAAGAACAAUGUUUCAAAUGUGAACUCGAACGUGACAGAAGACGCAGAUGAUCAACAAUGGGAGACGAAUGUGAGAUCCAAUAUUGGGUUUCCCUUGAUGAUGAGCAAUAGUUUGCCUUUGCCUUUGAAUAUAGGAGGAGGAGGAGGAGAUGCAUGGAAGUCGAGUUUGACGUGGGAGUCUUCACCAUGUCCAAGUGAAAUGUCCACAACCAGAUGCUAUACUUGA